UUGAGCGGCAAUCCAGGAGACUUCGUGUGUAAACUCUGUCGCUGUUUUUCAUUAUUAUCCUGCAUAUAAUUCUUGAGAGGGAUGACAGAAGAGCAUGGUUUAAGGAAUAGCCGUGCCAUCAGCCAUGUUGUCGAAGCUUGCGAUUAUGGUGUCUCUCCUGAUUGGCUUAGCAGCAGCUGAUGAAAAUCCUGGUUUUAUCUACAACGGGUUUAAAUCGGCUAAUCUUAUCCUCGAUGGCAUAGCUCAGGUUACCCCCAGUGGACUUUUGCGGCUUACCAACGAAACCAAAAUACGAAACGGUCAUGCCUUCUACCCUGAACCAAUACCCUUCAAACACUCUUUAAAUGGCUCCGCCUUUUCUUUCUCUACUACCUUUGUUUUCGCUAUUCACCCUGUGUACCAGAAUCUUGCUGGGCAUGGCAUGGCUUUCGUGAUUGCGCCGACAAGAGGGCUUCCGGGUGCUCGUCCAAGUCAGUUCCUUGGCCUUUUCAAUGAAAGCAACAAUGGAAAUGCCAGUAAUCAUGUUUUUGCGGUGGAAUUGGACACCGUUCUGAGUGGUGAGUUUUUCGAUAUCAAUGAUAACCAUGUUGGGAUUGAUGUUAAUGGAAUGAAGUCUGAGAAAUCAGCUCCAGCAGGUUAUUAUGAUAAUCAAACUGGUGAAUUUAAGAACUUGACGCUCAUUAGUAAUGAAAAAAUGCAAGUUUGGGUGGAGUAUGAUGGUCAAAAGAAGCAAAUCAAUGUUACUUUAGCUCCAUUUAACAGUGGGAAGCCCAGUAUUCCUCUUCUAUCUUGGUCCCGUGAUCUUUCCCCUGUUUUUUACACCGCCAUGUUUGUUGGCUUCUCAUCAUCGCCUGGUUCAAUGCUAACAUCUCAUUAUGUUUUGGGCUGGAGUUUUAAGAUCAAUGGCCAGGCGGAGGAACUACGCCUCUCUCAACUUCCUAAGCUUCCCAGGAUAGGUACUAAGGAGAGAUCAAUGCUUCUGGCUGCUGUGUUGCCUUUGAUUUCUGCAAGCUUAAUUUUAGCUGCGGUUUCGGGAGCUGUUUAUCUGAUAAGAAGGAAAAGAAAGUUCGCUGAAGAGCUUGAACAAUGGGAGCUUGAAUACGGGCCUCAGAGAUUCAAAUAUAAGGAUCUUUAUUUUGCCACAAAAGGAUUCAGAGAAACAGAGCUGCUAGGUAGUGGUGGAUUUGGCAGGGUAUAUAAAGGCGUUCUACCCACCUCUAAACUAGAGAUUGCAGUGAAGAGAAUCUCUCAUGAAUCAAGACAAGGUAUGAGAGAAUUUGUUGCUGAAAUUGUCAGCAUUGGGCAACUACGCCAUCGGAAUUUAGUGCAACUCUUGGGUUAUUGCCGCCGUAAAGGAGAAUUGCUUUUGGUGUAUGACUACAUGCCUAAUGGAAGCCUCGACAGGUACCUUUACAACCAGUCAACGAUCACCCUGAAUUGGGGACAAAGAUUUCGAGUGAUCAAAGGCGUGGCCUUGGGCCUAUUUUACCUCCACGAAGGAUGGGAAAAAGUUGUUAUUCACAGAGAUGUCAAGGCCAGUAAUGUGUUACUUGAUGCUGAAUUUAAUGGAAGAUUAGGAGACUUUGGCCUCGCGAGAUUAUACGACCAUGGAACUGAUCCACAAACAACACACGUCGUUGGAACGCUUGGUUAUCUUGCCCCUGACCACGUUCGAACUGGGAAGGCCACAAGAAGCACUGAUGUGUUUGCUUUUGGUGCAUUUCUGCUUGAGGUUGCUUGUGGCAGAAGGCCGAUAGAGCCACGAGCACCAGCAGAGGACAUGGUUUUGGUUGAAUGGGUAUUUGGCUUUUGGAAGCAAGGUGCGAUUCUUGAAGCAAGGGACCCAAAAUUGGGUACAGAUUACAUAGCGGAGGAAGUGGAGUUGGUGUUGAAUCUUGGGUUGUCGUGCUCUCAUUCGGAGCCAGCUGCUAGGCCAAGCAUGCGACAAGUUGUCCAAUAUUUGGAGAAGGAUUCUCCAUUCCCGGAGUUAUCAGAGAGUAGAAUCUCAACUAGUGGUAUAGCAUUUGCUCAUCAGAAAGAGUUGGAUGAUUUUGUCAUCACUAAUUCAUCUUACAUAGGCCCAAGUGUAUCAACAUCUGUCGCAGAUUCGAUACUUUCAGGUGGCCGAUGAUGCUUAUGUAAAAUUAAACUACUAGCAGACUUACACAUAGAUUAUAAAAUAUUGUAUCAAAUUAGUUUAUAGUUAUAAGAAUAAUUGAUUCCCCUAUAUUUUGAAUCCA